AUGUGGGAUCUUCCCGGACCCAGGAUCAAACUUGUGACCCUGCAUUGGCAGAUAGAUUCUUUACCACUGAGCCACCAUGGAAGUCCCUGGACUUUAGCCUUAAUGUGCCGGGGUAGGUUAUGUUCUGUAAGUAAACUUCAGGCAAAACAGGUAAGAAAGAUUUGUACAGCUGGGCUGAACCCUCCGCACCUGCGGACAGGUGGCAUGAGCCGUGUGGGCCAUCUGAAAUCGUCUGGGAGGCACAUCACAGAAAGGAACACUCAGGUUAAAAUAAUGCGAAUGUUUAUCUUAUUUAACCCAGCACUUCCAAAAUAUUAUCCAGGCAACAUGUAA